GUGGGGAUGACGUAGUCAUUAUGCGCACGACUCGGAGAAACAUAAUGAAAACUUUAUGAAUGUUCUUUGAAGAAAGAAAAUAAAUCAUAUGCCCCAGGAAAGUGGCUAGAACAGUGCUAGUGACUACAAUAAAUCAUGAUGAAGGAGGGACAAAAACGACAUAAAAUUCAACGGAAGGAAGGUGGAAACAAGAAGAAGUCUGGCAUGGGAGGAAAGGGACGAGAGGGAUCAAGUCAUGGGGGUGGCAAAGAGCAGGAAGGAGGUUUGAGAAAACGUCUGGAUGCCAUGAGUGUCGGUUACUUUCGCAGAGUGAGUGAGAGACUGGGUGAGAGUUUUGCCGAAGAAGAGGAGAAAGCUAUGUUUGUGGAGAAUGUGCUGACAGAAGUGAAGGGGCAGGCCAUUCUUGUGGCCACUGAUGUGACUGGCAGUGUGACCCUACAGCGUCUGCUUCCAUUGGCGAGUGUCACCCAGGUUGGAGAGAUGUUGGCUGAACUUGGAGGAUCCACUGGCUCGGACUUCAAGAGAGUGUCUUGUGAUCAGUGUGGGGGUCAUGUGAUGGAGAGUGCACUCAGGCAGAUGCCGAGGUGGAAAGAACAAUCCAGGCCAGAAGGUGAGCAGGAGACAAUCGCAAGUGAGGAUGGUGACACAGGUGACGUGAACUGUGGGAUACUAGAAGCGCAAGUUCUCUGCCUGUCCCAAGUGGUGACCGAGGAGGUGGUAGGAUUCAUCAGACACACACAUGGAUCCCACGUGGCCCGAACACUCAUUCACGUGCUUGGGGGUUGCCUCGGCCCAGCCCAGUCUGACACGCGACCAGGAGGUAAAACCCGGAACGUCAGCACCUCUCUGAGCGACUUUGAUGUUCCCUCAUCCUUUCCUGUAGCUCUGAAAAAACUGUCCCUGGCUCUGAUGGAAAAUGUCAACGUGUGUGUGACAGAUAUGGCAGCCACCACAGUGCUUCAGACAAUGCUGACUGUAUGUCACCGGAAAAGGCCCAAGCUGUGUAAGAGGCUUUUGAAAGGCAUUGUGGGAUACUUGACGUCCCUCAGCUCUGCACCAGGAGUCAGUCCCCUUCUGGUGUUCAUGAAAGACCAAGGUUCCAGCAGACUCAUCGAGACGGUCUUGCAGUUGUCCCACAAGGCCUUACUCUGUAACCUUUAUAAGAACCACUUUAAGGGUCAGCUAGUCAAUCUAGCACUGCACCCAAUCGCCAACUUCCCUGUGCAGAGGUUGAUAACUGCCUCUGCCAGUUACAAACUGUUUCUCAAAGUGUUUGAUGAACUAGAAGAAGGCUUGGAGGCCAUCUUGGCUGCGGGUCACAUGGGUGUGGUGGUCCAGCUGGCAGAGAGCUGUGUGCUGCAAGAGGAGCGGCAGAGAGAGAUGUUGCAGUGCCUCCUAGAGGCUUUCCAUUGUGCAGAACCCCCUUCUCGACACGUCAGCUGCCUCCCACUCUUCCUCUCCCUGCUCACACACGAGGUGUACUAUGGCGAGCAGAUGCACAGUGACGCUGCAGACACAAUGCGCCCCCUAUGGGGUAUGUGUUACCAUGGGUCCUGCCUCGUCCAGGCUCUGGCGAAGUGCAAGAACAAUUCUUUUCUGAUGAACAGCCUGCAUGCACUUUCUCCUGCUAACCUCCUGACCUUGGGCACUGACCCGUCCGGUAGCCAUGUGCUACAGGCCCUGCUGAUUUCCGCAAGCGACAAAGGGAGGGGCAAGAUUCUGAGAAAGCUGGAGGGUCAGUUUGUCAAGCUGUCCUGUUCAAAGUAUGGCAGUCGGGUUUUGGAGGCGGUCUGGAAGAGCGCCACUCUGGGUCAGAGGCAGGCCAUGGCACAGGAACUAGUGUCCAGUGAGUCUGUGCUGAGAUCAGAUCAGUUUGCACGGCACGUUUGGGCCAAAUUCGCUCUGACCCACUUUGUGAAGAGGCGAGCCCAGUGGCAGGAGGUGCAGAACGGACAGUCCAAGAAGAGAAAAAUGUUCAGUGAUAUUCUUGAAUCAUAGAGAGGCCGUACUCAUGAGUCCAAAAGAUUGUCAUAAAAAUUCCAUUACAGUACAGGUUUUGAUUGAACUUGGACUGUACAUAGUCAUAUUACAAAUUCCCUUGUGCUGUAGCAGUACUAGCUUCUUUUAUCUGAAGAUAAUUCUGUUUUUUCUAAAAAUUUAAUAAAAUAUUUCUUUUUACGCACACAUUAACACCAAUAUUUUUUGGUCAACUUCCUGUGGGAUUCAUACCCUUAUAGACUUGGAGCACAAAAUAAAAUGCA